AUGUGGCGACUGUUUACAUUGCCGCGUCCCAGGACUUGGAGUGCUUUGCUCAGAUUUCCAAAGCGUGCCUGGCCAGCGUCGGGGAGAGCGAUUGCGUGUCAGACUCCUCGAUGCCACUUCAAGGUUCGAGCUAUUACCCCGAAAAUCAGGCAAAUAUCACCACGCUCAUUACAAUGCCUCACGAGCGACUUACCUCCAGCCACUCAUAGCUACGUGACUCCGCAAACUUCCGGGGGGGUGUUGGGAAGUGUCCAGGCACCCAAUGGCGUCGAGUGUCAAACCGCGACUUGCGAUAGCGUCCCCCAGUCUAUAUCAAGAUGUAUGCCGAAGGCCAUCGCUUGCCAUCGAAGACAGCCUGCGCCCGUACAUAUGUGCUGGCAACGGGUGAACGGGAAGGCGCCCCUAAUAACGCGCGGCUCGGGAGAUAUGCAACUCCACCUAUGGAGUGAAAACGGUGCCGACAACCGCUUUGAACCGGGUCAGAACCGGGUCAUACCACAGCUAGUAUUUCGGCAGUUGAAUGUCAAUCGCUACCUAGUAAGUCUCCUUCUGGCAGCAACCCCUGGGUACGAUUGA